AGGUAACGUGCGGGGCUGUGCGGGCUGCUCACCAUGGAGCUUGCUUCUUGUGGCAGAGCGGGGAGGUCUAAACAAUGGAACCAGUGGAGAAAUGGCACAAAGACUUGUUCGUUCUCAAGCUUCUGGACAGAAAGUUGAACUCAAAGGAAAAUGGGACCACAGGAAUGAUAGCUAAGCACCUCCUACAAGUACUUAAGAUCCACGACUGUUUACCAUUCUGCAUUACUCGAUCAGAUCGUGGUACAGGUUCAUGCCCAGACUUGGGAAUGAGUAGAAGCGAGCGACCCGGCUACAAGCACAUAACCAUGACCUCGACCCCGAAGCUUCCCGUCCGAUCACACAGGCCUCUCUGUUUAUCAGUCUCCUCGGACGGCAACGGGAGAUAUGUGGCUUUGGAAUCCCAGGAUUUUAAAAGCAGCCUGAAAUCCCAGAUGGACAAGGCCUCCACUACUGGAGCUUCUAGCAGCACGGGAUCUUUGGAGAGAGCUUCCCUCUUUUGUGCUUCUGGGUCAGCCACAUCUACGUCAAAUUUAUCAGGUUCCAAUGAAACGCUGGCUAAGACCAAGUCCUCCAGCAGGUUUUCUCUAUUUUCACCACCUUGGAACAGCAGCUCGGAAUCGGACUCCAACCCACCCUCGAGGUCUGGGUCCAAAAAACUUAAGAACCACAGUCGCAAGACCUCAAGCAAAACAGAUAGUCCAAAGGAUUGCAAGCGUGGCAUCCCUGAGCAGCUGCAGUACUCUGAACCUGUCAUUGCCAAGGUGACCGAAUACAUUUAUGUGGGGAAUCUCAACGCCGCCUACAGUGGACGUAUCCUGUGCAAAAACAACAUUGAUAGCAUUAUUGAUAUGAGCAACCUCCCUGGAGAGUUGAACAUAUGUCUAAUCCCAUGUACCUGCUCCAAGAAUGUAAAGCACAGCUGGUCUCGUCUCAAGGUCAACAUCAAUGACUUUUUGAAUGAAGAUGUUUUCCCUUUGAAAGAACACUGCUUUGAAGACAUCAAUGGGUGCAUCAGCGCAUCAGCUGAGAAACAAAAACGUGUCUUGGUUCAUUGCCGGGAUGGGUACUCCCUGGCACCAACGUGUAUCAUACAGUACCUCAUGCUGAAGCAAAACAUGCACCUCAUGACAGCUUAUGAAUUUGUGAGAUCCAAGUAUCCACUGAAUAUCAAGGAAUGUCAUCAGAAUCUCUUAGUAACACUUGAGAAGUCACUGAGGCCUGGAAAAAAGGACCCUGAGUGUUUUAAACAGGCACUGUCUCGAAAGAUAGCUUGGACUUAAUCUAAAGUCAUGUAUCUUCACAGCCUGUCCAAAUAAAUGCCUUAACGUUUCUCUCACAGUGUCUAUUAGUCAAAAGUUAGAAAAUGGAAACAUUUGCGUGCAAGUUUGUUUGGCUUGAAUAUUUUGUUUCACAUACAAAACUUGGA